UCUGACAUUUAAUACAUUUAAUGGAGAAAAUUCAACAUGUUUGUUGUCGAAAAACCGCAAAUAUUAAUUUAAAGCUAUUUAUAAAUAAAAUAAGAAGUUAAUUCUAUAGAAAAUAUAUCGAAGAAAACCGUGUCUGAAGUAAAGUGUUUGUUUCAAUAUGGCAGAUAACGUGCCCGAAUUAAAUCCCGGUUUAUUACCUCCACCGUUAAUGAGCACAGAUUUACCGAACUUAGGUGUGCACGAACCACCCAACGAUAAUUUAGGAGUACCUCCACCCCUACUCAGCGCACCACCAGGGCCUGAAGUUUUCUUAAACGCUCCCCCUGGUUUUCCUCCCCCUGUAUGGCCUAACGCCGAAGAUCCUCUCCAAAACGAGAAGCAAUUGCCGUCUUUGCUCUCUCUUAAAGUAGACCCACCAAAAAAACUGGAUGCAGAAGGUAAUGCCGAGGUAGUACUGCCACAAGCUUUGGAGGAAGUUUUGGCAUUGAAAAAUCAACGGGCAUUAGAAUUAGGAACGGAAGAAGAGGCUCAGGAGAAGGAAAGGAACCGUAGUGAAAGAGAGCCACUGUGGGAAAAAGACGAUAAUGUCGUUGAAACUGUGGUUGAAGCAACAGAUGUAGUAGAAGAAGUCACAAAUGGUACUGCCAAGGAAAGAGUGAGUAAGAAUAAAAAGAAGAAAAAGCGAAAGAAAAACAAGAAGGAAAGGGAACUGCAAAAUGGCGAAGCUAAAGACAAGGAAAAAGGAGAAAAUAUUGUUGACGAAUUGAAUGAUGAAAAGGACAUUGAAAUAGAAUAUGUGCAAGAAUCUAUUGGUUUACAUGAGCUGGCACCUCAGUACCGUCAAUUCUACUCAAUCCUGGAACAAUUCAAAAUCUCUGACCAAAAAUCCAACAUCCCGCCCCCCGUUUUAGCAACUCCUACCUCGCUAUCAGGUCAAUCAAAGUUCUUAGAUGAUAUAAAGGAUGACGAUAUGGAUGACUUUGAAGAUAAAAAGAUCGAGGAUAAAUCGAAAAUGUCAAAGAGGAAAUUGAAGAAGCUGACUAGGCUGAGUGUGGCCGAAUUAAAACAGCUGGUGAACAGGCCGGACGUUGUGGAAAUGCACGACGUUACUGCCAGAGAUCCCAAAUUGCUUGUACAGCUCAAGGCUCACAGAAAUACCGUUCAGGUUCCUAGGCAUUGGUGUUUUAAAAGGAAAUACCUUCAAGGCAAACGAGGUAUAGAGAAACCUCCUUUUAAUUUGCCCGAAUUCAUUAAGAAAACGGGAAUCAUGGAGAUGAGGGCCUCCUUACAGGAAAAGGACGAAUCGAAGACUCUGAAGGCGAAAAUGAGGGAACGGGCCAGACCGAAACUCGGAAAAAUUGAUAUAGAUUACCAGAAGCUACACGACGCCUUUUUCAAGUGGCAAACUAAGCCUAAAAUGACCAUUCACGGCGACCUGUAUUACGAGGGUAAGGAAUUCGAGACCAGAUUAAAAGAAAAGAAGCCGGGGGAUCUUUCCGAGGAGCUCAGGACGGCUCUGGGUAUGCCGGUGGGGCCCAAUGCAAACAAGGUGCCUCCGCCGUGGCUGAUAGCGAUGCAGCGUUACGGUCCGCCGCCAAGUUACCCCAAUUUGAAGAUACCCGGUUUGAACGCGCCGAUUCCCGAGGGAUGUUCGUUCGGGUACCACGCGGGGGGUUGGGGCAAGCCCCCCGUCGACGAAAACGGCAAGCCGCUGUACGGGGACGUGUUCGGCACCAACCAGAGCCAUAUAGACGAUAUUGGAGAGGAUCCUUCGAUAGAUCGGUCGCUUUGGGGCGAGCUGGAGUCGGAAUCUGAGGAGGAAAGUGAGGAAGAGGAGGAGGAGGAAGAAGGAGAGACUCAAGUGCCCGACGAAUCAGGUCUAGUGACUCCAGCAGAAGGCCUGGUCACUCCCAGCGGUAUUACCAGCAUACCGGCCGGUAUGGAGACUCCCGAAGCCAUCGAAUUGAGAAAGAAGAAAAUCGAGAACGAAAUGGAAGGGAGUGAAACGCCUGUUUUGUAUCAUAUUAUUCCCGAAAAACGCAACGAAAGGAUCGGUAACUCAAUGAUGGGCAGCGUCCACGUGUAUGACUUGGCCUCUGUGGGAGCGGGACAAAAUCCUGUACCAAUCAGAAGGACUGAGAAAGAAGGAAUGGUGGAACUGGCCCUCGACCCGUCCGAACUGGACAUGGACAGCGACGCCAUGGCGGUCAGAUACGAGCAGCAAAUGAGGGAGAACCAGUCUCAGCUGCAGAAAGAGGAUCUGAGCGAUAUGUUAGCUGAGCACGUGGCCAAACAAAAGAGCAAAAGAAAGAGACAACAGCAGGAUUCGAAAACGACAAAGAAAUACAAGGAAUUCAAAUUUUAGAAGCUGGUUUUUCGGUGUUCCAGAGUCAACUCUAUUUACUGAAAUUUUUCGGAAAUUCAUCGGUCUAAAAUUUCAGUCGGUAGAAUUGCCGCGUGUGGAUUCACCCUUAUUGUCCUUAAGCAAAACAGAUUUUUCUAUUUUUUUUUCCUGGUUUAAGAUAGUUAUAUAUUAUAAUUUUAAACAAAUAAAGAAAUAAAUCUAUUGGAUAA